AUGACAACGGAAACACUUCCAAUUUACCACAUGUGGUUGGCAGGGGAAGAGAAAGCCGGAUUAGAAGCAGACCUAUUACCUAUUGAAGAUCCGGCCACAGGGCAGGUAUUUGCGCAUUGCCAUUCUGCCUCCGCUCAAGAUGUCGAGACCGCCAUCACGACAGCCCACGAGACUUUCAAAUCCGGCAUCUGGUCCCGCGCCAGCCGCCACCAUCGAGCCGACAUUCUCGACAAAUGCGCCACUCUCCUCUCCGACUGCCUGCCCGAGCUCAUCAAGCUCGAAGUCCGACAAACCGGACGCGUGAUCAAGGAAAUGCAAGCCCAGGUUCCGUCCCUGAUCCGAUGGUUCAAGUACUACGCCUCACUGCUCCGAGUCGAAGAGCGCCCCGUCCUUCCGACAAUGGGCAAAUUGCACAAUUUUAUCGAUCGUGUACCUCUCGGCGUCGUGAUUCAAAUAACCCCUUUUAAUCAUCCGCUCUUGAUCGCCGUGAAGAAAAUCGCUCCUGCACUGGCAGCUGGGAACAGCGUGAUUCUGAAACCGAGCGAAUUGACCCCGUUGACGUCGAUCUUGUUGGGCAAGAUCCUUGCGCAAGCGGGUAUCCCGGCCGGGGUAUUCAGUGUGCUUCCUGGUCUGGGAGCGACGACGGGGAAAGCGCUGGUUUCGCAUGGUCUGGCACCUCUGGUGGUGUUUGAUGAUGCCGAUCUUGAUGUGGCGGUGAAUGGGAUCGCUUUUGGAAGUUUCAUCGCCAGUGGACAGACUUGUAUUGCUAGUACGAGGAUUAUCGUGCAUAGCAAGAUCCAGGAGCAAGUCUUGCAGAAGCUUCGGGUGAAGAUUGAAGGGAUUAGAAGGAGAAUCGGCAGUCCGUCGAAUAUCAAGUCUGUCAUGGGCCCGCUUGUAUCGGAGAAACAACUACUUCAUGUGGAGAGGGUGGUGGAACAAUCGCUAGCGAGCGACGACGCAGUUGCUCUGACUGGUGCCAAGCGCAUGACCGGAACUAGUCUGCUGGAUAACACCGACUUGUCGGCCGGAUACUUCUACGAGCCUACAAUUCUUGUUUCCGCGGAUGGGAACAAAAGUAUCACGCGGACAGCGAUCUGGCGCGAAGAAGCAUUUGGGCCGGUGAUUGUUGUUGUGGCCUUUGACAACGAAGCCGACGCGAUUGCUCUAGCAAAUGAUACUGAAUUUGGGCUCGGGGCCAGCAUCUGGACCCAGAAUCUAUCUCGGGCAUUCCGCGUCUCGGAGCAGAUUGAGGCGGGAAUUGUCUGGGUCAACACGCAUCAUCGAAAUGAUCCCAGCAGUCCCUGGGGUGGUGCCAAAUCAGCCAGCGGUGUUGGCAGUGAGAAUGGACUGGACGCCUAUCAUGCCUAUACAACGACUAAGAGCACGAUUAUCAAUUAUGCUCCGUCGAAGGAAUCCAUGACGACGGACGAUUGGUUUGGAGAAGAGGCUAGGAACGCGCGGUAUGGUUGA